UCUAAUUAUUUUUCUUUCUAUCACAUUAUCCGUCUAUUUAGCCUUAUUCACACCCCAGUGAUAAAGAACGACGUCCUUCGGGAAGGUUGCAUUUUGGCACUUGAGGUUUUCUUUGAACUUUUUUUCGCCUGAGCUGUGAACCCAUAAACCUCCGGAGAUCUGCUUCUAUAUAAAAACGCGUUGGAGAAAAAUCACCUUCACGGAAUCUGCCUGUCAUUCACCCCUAAUGUCAUCCUCGCUGCAUAAACGUCUGGAAGUCUCGGGAUAUUUCUAACAUGGACCUGGAGGUUGUCACAGCUAAACUACUGUCUGAGUGGAAGAGCCAUGAGGGUGCUUUUGGAGAAGAUCGGGACUCUCUUCAGUCCACCUCACCGGAGUCCUCGAUAGACUCCAUGUGCUCUUCCCCGGAGAUGUGCUACUCCAGCGGGCAUCAGGAGAUGAAGGACUUCUCUUACGGCUUCCCGGGACGCAGGGCGACUUCAAAAGCGCAGAGGCUGAGCAAGCCCAAGAUGUCCACCAAAAGACGCGUGAAGGCCAGCGAGAGGGAGAAGAUGCGGAUGAGGAGUCUUGCAGAGGCUUUGCACCACCUCCGUGACUACCUGCCACCGGACUACAGCAAGAGAGGCCAACCCUUGACCAAGAUACAAACCCUCAAAUACACAAUUGAAUACAUCAACAAGCUUACAGGCAUCCUGAGCUGCGCGUAACGGACGCAAAUUGACUUUUUACGCAUCAGGUUUACUCUCACCUGGACAUUUAUUGGAAUUAGUUUUAUAUAUUUGAUGAAUAAUACAACAUCUUUGAGAGAACUUAAUCAUCCGAUGUCAUUUUAUACUUCUCGUGUUUGCCCUUCUCUUGAUGUAAAUAUUUUUUAUUGGGCACUUGGAAAUGUUGUAUAUGAGGCUGCCUUUGUUGGCGUUAUGAAUUUAAUGUUUGGAAAUAGAGUUUGCUGUCUGUUGAUGGCAUGAAAUGUAGCUUUACUGAAAGAAGAACCUCUCCUAUAUUCUUAUGUUUGUGUAUUGUGUUAACAUAGAACUCAGAGUAACCUCAAUCAUACUUGUUGUAUUUUGUUUCUGGUGUAUUUUAGAGUUUAAGUAGCUGCAUAAUAGCCUUUA